AUGAAGAAGAUGAUGGCAGGAAUUGAGCUGUCUGCUGCAGAUGCCACAGUUGCAGAGGAAUUAAAUACCGCAAAGAUGCGCGCAUACCCGAUUAAGGUACAAAAGAAGAUCUUGAAGAGCACCCGAGAUGACAUGACAGGUCGUGCAUUUUUCCUACAAAUAUAA